GUAGGUAGAUUCGGAAGUUAGUCAACUGGCUGCUUUCUUCCCACUGCUCUCAACUGUGCGUGCGUUUGUUUUCAAGCAGCGGGUGACGUCAGUAACGUCACGUACGCGAGCCAGGAGAGCGAAGGCAAGAACGAACUCGAGGCCAAACAUACGCUUGUUCUACUGUUUGUGUCACCGCGCCUUCAACCAGCUUGCACGGUCCGCCUUGUCCGCCCGUGUUCCUCGUAAAUGAGUGCGACACACGCAUCCUUUCCCAGUGUCGGAGUCCGGACGCUUCAAGCAACUGCUGCGUCCGAGUUCCCGAAGAUGUGAUUGUAUCCCCGCGAGCCGAAGAAGCUGCUACACGGAUAACCUUGGCUUCUGUGCGUGCGGGCCCGUGCUAUGUGUUUCGCGACAAUUGAACCUGCGUUGACGGCUCGGAAGGCAACAAAGCGCGCCCGAAGGCUGGUCGACUGGCCGCUCUCGUCGCCGUAAACAGCGAACCCAACGCAAAAGCCCAGGAGCUGCAGAGCCACCCGAAGGCGCGUGGAGGCGGCGCCAUGGCUGCCAUGGCGCUGCCCUGCCUGGUUGCCACGGUGACGGCGCUGGCAGUGGUGGCGGUCGUCGUUGGGACCACGGCUUCUUCGUCUGCUGCGGUUGCUGCUUCUUCUGCCACCCACGAACAUGCUUCAUUGGAUGAAAAAUGUGACUUGACAGCCCGGAUGGAGGGCGACGUGAUACGGCCCUUACUCGAAGUACAGUCCAAGGUGACAGGCUGCUUCAGCAAGAACGUUUCACAAAGGUCUCAGGAGGUGCACGUGAUCCGCGUGGAGGAGCCUGCCGCCCAGGUGCAGUUGCUGGUGCUGCCCCGCUUGGAGCGGAGCACCCACGCAGGACCCCUGGUGGUGCUGCUGUGGACGCCCACCCCCGUUCACUGGCAGCUCGCCACCCAGAGGCUGCCGAAUUCCUCCAAGAUAGAAGCCAUUGUCAGCGCUGGCUCUGAUGUGGUUUCUGGGGCACCGGUGAGCCUGACUGUGGUGAAAAAGACGGGACUGUUCGAAGACCUCCUUGCCUGGACGGAAUCCUACUAUGGCGUCCUCACUUCUUUUUCCUCCACACGAUCUGCAAACUCAGUGGUGCUCAAAGUUGGAGUUAAUCAAUCGGAGCCGGCCAGUUGUAAUCGCACCAGUUUGAGCCCUCUCAGUCACGUGGCAGCAUACCUGGUUGAAGUGCAGGAUUCCGAAGGAUGCAGUCGGCCGGCCACUGCCGAGGAAGACAGGGAAAUUCAUGUGGUGAAGUUGGGCUCGUCUUUGAGCAAGAGCUCGGUGGUGGUGCAGCUCAUGUCAAAGCCUGGCUCUGCUCUUGAGAAAUCCCAAGUCCUGGUUCUGAAGUGUGAAUCCGAUCUCGAGAAAUGGGAGGUGGAAUCGGAGCCCGGUGUUCAGGGCAACGUCGAGAUAAUGACCGAAAAUUCGGUCACCUCGGAGGCCACCUCAUACCUUUUGGCAGUUAAAGUAAGGACGGUGCCCUUGCCCGAACGAUCCGGGGACCUCCUACACACGGUGCGUCGCUUGGUGGGACCUGCCAACUCCUACGUCCAGGUGGAAAGGGCCACCAGAAUCCAAGUGUACGUGAGCGGCAGAGGCCUCGCCAGUGGAGAGCUGAAGGAUGCCAAUGCUUCGGCAAGGUCCUCCUCCUCCUCAUUUUCCUUGCAACAUUUCAUUUCCUCCGUACCUGAGAAUGGCAAAGUGAAGGAAGACUCGGCGGAAGAGAAUGGAACCCGAGACGUGGAAAGAAAAAGUGGGGACACCCCUGCCUCCAAAAUGCGCCCUGCCUUCGGCAUCGGUUCUAACGGGCACCUGCUAUGGCUGACGGGCAGACGGCGUGAAAACACCAAGGACACCAGCAAAGAACGCCACCUGAGAGACAGCUUGCGCCUGCGCCUGGCACAAGACAUGGCCCUGAGCUGCCUCUCGGAGAAGGUGCAGGUGGCCUUUCCCAGCCCUGCCAUAGAGUAUGUGUCGAGGCAUGUCUCGGGCCAGGCCCCCUCCGAAGAAGGGGCUGCCCCGCUGACCCCCCGCCCCACCCCUAAAUCUGACGGAGGUCCCGUCCACGUCGUCCUCACCCUCAAGGACUCCUCCUGCCGAGCCCGCAGGAACAAGACGCACUAUAUCCUUGAGUCGCCGCUCAGGUCAUGCAACGCCAACAUCGUGGAGUCGUACACCGGUGCCACCGUCUACCGUCACGAGGUCCUUAUAUGGUUGCUAAGAGACAAACAACGAUCAAGCACCGAGUCAGCCACGGGAAAGGAGGCAUUUCUCGACGACGAAGAUGGAAACUGGGACGACGGGUCUGGAUUCGGAGUGAUCAAUGGAGACGGGAAGGGUGCCAUGGCAAAGGAACUGCUCGUUGCACUCAAAGUGCAGUGCUUCGAUGCAGAGCAGGCAGGCAAAUCUGCUGGAGUGCACCGUCUGAUCGGCUCCGGAGAGAUUGUGGAAGCGAGUACACUCUACGACAUGACUGUGUUUCACGAUCCAGAGUUCACCAGGCCCUUGUCUCAAGCCCCAAUUAGUCUGGUGGCAGACACCGUCGCCUAUGUUCAUGUGGAGAUUCAGAAUGUUUCAGACUUAUGCACCAUGGUCACAAAGUGUUGGCUCACAAAUGCGAGUCGGCCCGAAUCGCAGGUUUCGCAGAAAUGGAUACUCCUGAAAGAUGGCUGCCCUAAUCGAAUGGGAGUGAAACUGCAGCACUUUGGUAGCAGGGGCCUGGGGUCUUUUCUCCAAGUCCCCUGUUGGAAGCGAUUUUCUUUCAAGCUGGAUUCUGAACUGGCCGGGGAAGUCCUUCUUCUCAAGUGCAAGUUGGACGCUUGCUCCGCUUCAAGCAGGCUCCUGCAAGCGGGCGUCAUACAGUGCCAAGACGUCGGGGAACCGUGCGCUGCCUUGGCACACUCUGCCGGAUCAGAGGCACCAGGGAGCAAGUUGGCUGCCGUGGAGACAUGGGGCCCCUUUGUGGUUCUUGGCAGGGACGGUUCCGCUAUGGCGGCUGCCGGGGGACCAGCCAAGGGGUUCCCCAUGCUGCACAGCUCCCCGGGGGAGCAGCAGCAGCUGUCGCUGCCCAUGGGUGGCAGCGGACAGGGGUCCACCUUCCCGCUGCCGGCCCCCAAAGCCACGUUAGGCUCGUCCCGGCCCCGGCCCAGGAAGCCAACCGAGGCCCAGCAGCCGCCCGUGGUCUUUGUGGGCGUCAUGAUGGAAGCCGUCGUGGGCAUCGCCUUCUCCUCUUUCGCCAUCGGCAUGGCCCUGGUGGCCGCCAUGUGGUACAUCCACGCGCGCACAGCCCGCCAACUGAGUGCGCAGCGCCGACAUGCCGUCACUCCUCGCACGCUGGGGUGCUGCCGGCCUCGUAACUUUCCCAUGUCACGUCCGCCCAGCGGCAGCCCCCACCUGGCGUUCCCCCUCGAGAGCAGCACGUAACGGGAGGCCCAAGGGCGCAUGCACCACUCCGUUACCUGACACCUCGCCUUCGCCUCUCUGGAGGCGGCGAGAGACAAUGCGACGCAUAUCAUGAUCAUCCACUGCAGAGAACGAUGAGAAACAGUGCCAACCGCGAGGAACGCGAGCAAAAGUAUGUGCAUUUGUACUGGCACCAGGUUUGGGAUGCACUAGAGCUCAAUUGCGGACACUCUGUUGUUUAAACCCCAUGCACCCGACUUCAGUUGAUUUUAUUAUGUCAGGAGGUUUCCUUCAGGAUUUUCGGCAUCGACCUUCUGUGCGGAGACUAUGGGUAUUUAUGUUUCUCUUCGGCACGUUUUCUUUAAUAUACUUCAGACCGUGGAAUGAUUAUCUUAAGGGCUGUGGGUGGGGGCCGACCAAAGGCAGCGCCGAGGGUGCACUCUCUGAAAUCACACCCAAGUUUGAAACUCAGGCGCAUGCGCUAGACAUUCGCGGAAAAGGUAACCCUAGGACUGGACCAAGACUUCCAAAAUGAAUCUGAAAAGCGUUCAAUAUACAUUUUGGUUAAAUUGGCCUUUGAUUAUAAUUACACGAGCGGAAGUAUAGUUAUAUCGUAUGCGCCACUAAACUCGUCAAGCUUUUGUUAACUCAAUGUUACAAACUUCAGCAAAUGCAAAGAUUAAGAUGAUUUCGGAGAAUUAGGUGGUCGUGAAACUUGCGUACUAGCUGCCGUUGUCAGCUCUUGAUACGCAGUGUUUCAUACUUUGUUUAGCGGCACUGUCAGAUUGAAUAUAAGGACAUUGAUUUUAUGUAUAUCUUUGGUUACUACUCUUGAUGUUUCUCUCUACCUCUGUUAAGCAUGAAAAAAGACUUUUGCAGUUGCUUUUUUUACCGACAGCGAGAAACGGCGAACAAUUUUGAUCUUUCUUUUAUAUACCACUAUCACAAUGGUCAAUAUUUGAUGUCUUCGUGGUGGUAUGUGUCAUAUUGAUUUUAUGUCAGUGCCAAUUGUACUGCAUAUGCUCAGAAACCGCAUAGAAAUCACAAGCGGUACACUUCAUGUUCAUGUCUGCACUGACGACUGUUUUUUAACAUUGAACAUAAACUUGUUAUCUGUGGAACUCUAAACCACCCCACCCACCAUUCUGACAUACUAUAUUCAUCAGACUGUUGCGUAUGCAUGGAAAAAGUGCAAUAAGACUCGUCCAUUACAGUUUUCAGUCGGUCUAUACCAUAUUACGUUCAACAUAAAUUACCUCGGCAUAUUUUUAAACAAGUUGAUCGUCCUCAAUACUUGAGGUAUAGCACCAGGCAAUUUAGUUAUCACAGAGUUUAGACGGAAUAUAAUUUGGUUUUAGUAACAUAUUGCUCAAUUCGUUUGCGAUCAUACUCAUCUUUUUAAGUUGUAUUUACAAGUGUAUAUUUUGUUGUGUGUGACACUCAGGAAUUUUUUUGUUGUUUUUGUGUCUGGUGGCACUUUUUGCCUGUCCUUCUUUGUGUGUAUGCAGAAUUCCUAAUAUAUUGCAGCAUUUAUUUUAGAUGUGGGAGCCAUAAAUGACCUCACUGCUUUUCAUUGUGUUUCAGUUGGUUACAAGCUUUGUUGCCAUUGAUGCUAGAACAAAUUUGAAUUGCAAUAAUUUGCUUUAACCCCUUAACCAUUUUGGACGAGCCUACCUUGUCAACAUGGAGCCGUCCCCAAACCGUUUAGGACGAGUAUAGCUCAUCUGCUUUUCCCGGUUCACGCACUCGAUUGUUUUGGACGAA